GUCAUAACUUUAUCUAUGGUCAUAACUCUGUCAACAAGACAAAUAGUCGGUGUUGCAUAUGCCUAUAUGUUAUAUUAAUGAUUUUCAUGUUAUUGAUAUAAAACAGAUUAUUAUGAAUCUAUAGACAUUUCCCAGUAUGUCUUCUGAACAAACUCAAUUUAAACCCGUCUUAAAGAAACAUGGACAAGUAAUAAUAGAAGACGUUCCUGGACUUGUAUUUUGUAAACCCCGUUUGAUACCCCUUAAAAGCUAUACAUUGGAAAAACUAGAGAAGAUGCAACAAGAAGCUCAGAAAGUUCAAGAAGAAAAUAACACACAAUAAGUUAUAAGUGAUCGUACUCUUAGUAAAUUGUAUUUUAUUUCAAAAUGAGCUAUACACCUUUGGUAUCAACAAUAUUGUUAUCUUUUAUAUUAUCGUCGUCAGUUUUGUACCGAUAUGGGAAUUGGUUUAGGCAUCGUUUAUUUGUAACAUUAGUCGUGCUACUAGCUUGGUAUUGCAGUUUUCUUAUUAUAUUCGCUUUGCCUUUGGAUGUUAUUUCAACUGUAUAUCGUCAGUGCAGCAAGGAAGACAUUGACGAUAUAACAACAGAAAAUUCAAAUUAUACAUUGCAUCCCACAAAUGUUUCCAUAAAUGACUGUGAACCUCCUUGGACUAAUUUACCCAAAAGAGUGUUUGAAAAUUUAUGGCGUACAGUGUACUGGAGCACACAGUUUUUAACAUGGCUGGUGAUGCCCAUGAUGCAGUCUUACAUCAAAGCUGGAGAUUUUUCCAUCAAAGGAAAACUAAAAUCUGCUUUAAUAGAUAAUGCUAUUUAUUAUGGAUCCUAUUUACUUAUCUGUGGUGUUUUGUUAGUGUAUCUUGCACUCAAAGGCAUUCACUUAGAUUGGAAUAAAUUAAAAGCAAUUGCUUCGUCUGCUAGUAAUACAUGGGGAUUGUUUUUGCUGGUUCUCUUAUUCGGGUAUGCCUUAGUAGAGGUGCCAAGAAGACUUUGGAAUAAAUCUAAUCACAGUUUAACACUAACUGAAUCCUAUUUUAAAGCAGCAAAGUUAAGCUCUGAUAGAUGUGAGGCAGAAGAAACUGUUGAUGAUGUAUUAGAGUCUCUGCAGGCGGUUUCAUUGGCGGUGCGACCUGGUCAUCCGUUUUAUCCCUAUUUGGAAACAAUAUUGAUGAAAGUCCCUGCAGAAUUGCAAGACAGAAUGAAGAGACGACAAUUGCCCGAUGAUACCCCAACUGAUGUGCCUAGUGAAAAAGCUCUUAUUCGACUUCAUAAACAAACUAUAAAAUCCUUACAAGUUCUACAAAGAACAGAAACACAGUGGAAUCUAAUGGUAGAAAAAAUUUUCGAGCUAGAAGAUACAUUAAAAAACCAAAUAUCUCGAGACAGAGUAUUUAAAAGAACCUUCGAAAAGAGACACAGUUGGUUUGGAAGGUACAUUUACACAUCCAAGAUCGAAUGGUACUGGAAGUGUCUACUGUACUGCUAUACCCAAAAAAUGUUAGCUGUUCUAGCUGGAAUAUUUUCGGUCUGCGUGGUGUGGUCAGAAGUGACAUUCUUCAGUGCCAGUCCGCCACUUUCGAUAUUUGCAGUUAUUGUGAAUGCGGCUACAAGUCAUUAUGAUUAUUUCACAAUUCAGAUAUUAUCAACGAUAACAAUCUUAUAUAUGUGCUACUGCGCAUUUUCUACAGUACUUAAAAUAAGAGUCCUCAAUUUAUAUUACCUUGCCCCUCACCACCAAACGAAUGAGUACAGUCUAAUAUUCUCAGGAAUGAUGCUGAGUCGGCUCACUCCACCACUGUGUUUGAAUUUCCUCAGCUUGAUCCAUAUGGACAGCCACGUACUCCACACUGACGUCUCAGAAACUUCCUACACGAAGAUCAUGGGUCACAUGGAUAUCAUCGGCAUAAUUUCUCAUGGCUUUAAUAUUUAUUUCCCCAUGGCUAUACUUGCCUUUUGUCUUGCUACGUAUUUUAGUCUAGGAUCUAGAAUAUUGUCAAUGGUCGGAUUUCAUCAAUUCAUCGGAGACGACGAAAUGACUACGGAUUUAGUAGAGGAAGGUAGAGAAUUGGUAAAACGAGAAAAGCGUAGAAGACAGAGAGCCGAAGAAUCUUCAACUAGACGCAGGGAAUACAAUGAAAGAUUCCCGUCAACGGGAAGAUUUAGGCAGCCUAGAAACAGUACCGAGAUAGUGCGGCAAAUGGAGGACCUGGACACAAGUCGCUCAGUUCUCAGAGACUCGCACGGUUUAGAUUCCUACAACGGCACUAGAUUUGCUUCCGAAGUGGACACCCGAUUUCCGCCCAGCGAGGACGACAUCGACUCCCGAUUCGGGGCCAGUACGAGAAUAAACGAACGGAUGAACUCCAACGAGUUAGAUCCGAGAUUUUCGGAUAACACUUUUCAGUUGGAUGGUUUCUAUAGGAACAACAGGGUAGGCGGGCCUCCGCGAGGGAUUUUCGACGAUGUUUAGAUCUUGUCAGAGUUGUUUAGAUAUAUUUUCAAUAGUAAGUGGCUAUGCACAUAGAAGCACUUUCGAUGUGAUUUGUUUUUCAGAGUAUAAGAUAAAUAUAAUGCAGAUCUUCUCUUUAAUAAAAACUAUUUUUUACAUAUAAAUAACAGAAAAAUGUUUUAAAAUCUCCACAGUAUCUUCAAUAAAUUUGCGCUUAUUUAAUAUUCAGUAAAAUAGCAGAUAUUUGACUGGUCAGCUAAAAUGACUACGCUACGACUAAAAUGACUAGAAGCGUUGCUACUUGAGCAACGCUUCCUUUAGUUCACUUCUGUAACGGUACUUAGUAUUGUCUCGUUUCUCUCACUAUAUGUGUCGAUGUGUCCACUAUUAUCUCCAAUUCUUUUUUAAUCGAAAUAAGAAUUUAAAAAAAAUAGCCUUUAGUUUUGUACAUAAGAAUAUUGAACAGAAGAUUGAGAAAAACAUUUUUUGUAGUACAUUACAAGAAAAUUUAUUAGGUUUCAGAUCAGUUCUGUCAAAGAAACACAGACAUUUACAUAUUCGUAUAUUAUCAGGUAUUCAGCCGAUCAACUUUGAUGGGAAGAUUUUGUAAACGUUUUAAGAAAAUCUCAUUUUGUCACUGUUUAUGUGGGAAGCCGUGGUAGUUUGACACCUCAACCCAUUGGCGAACUUAACACAACUCCAUGGUCAAUCAGAGCACACAAUACGAGAAAUGUAAAAUGCUGGCAAAUUCGCGACUGACUAUCUGUAUUAUUGGUUGCCUACUUUGUAAUUCUAAUUUUAAGUUGUACAUAGCGAUCAAAACUUUAUCGAAGAUAACAAUAAAACUGAAUGUCCUAAUUUUACUAUGCGUCUAUUUUUUUCUACUCUGUAUUAUGCAUAUACUAUUAUCAUUGAAAAUAAUGCAUUUAUGCACUAGCUUGUACUUUGAGAUGUGCUCAUUCCCACUAAAGUUAGGUAUGGCCUGUUGACUUAACCUUGAGUUUACUACGGUGCAUCUUCGGGUCAUUAUCUCAUUAUCACAACCGGGACGGUUAUAAAAACUACUGAUACAUGAAGAGUAUAUGACAUUUUACUUACUUAAAAUAAAGCAUGUUAGGGGAAAGUAGUCCACAUUCGGCAUAUUAACCUUUAGAAGCCAAACAUAAAUAAACUCCCAAGGAUCAAUCAAAAACUGGUAUUUUUAAAUUAUUUUAUAAUAAUCACUACUCUCUUUUAACUAAAGAAGGUAAAUAUGUGUUGAAAAUUAACAUAAGAAACAUUCUUCUACCAGUCGACUCUUUACCGUAAAAGUCAGCCGAAACUUCACCAACGGCUAUGAAAAUAAUAUUAAAUUAAAUUUAAAUACUCUUUACCGUUUGGAGGUUAUGUUUUUUCGACAUAAUAAAAAGUAAAUAAUUUAUUUUCAAUUUCACUGGGACUGAAAUUUCUAUUUCAAAAUGUUCCUUUAAAACUAAGCAAUAAAUUAAACAUGAAAACUUACCUUAAAUGCACUGAAUAUCACGGUUCAAGAUAAAAUCUACAACUUCUCUAAAUCUAUUCUGUUAAUACACUGCAAUGUGGACCACUUUCCCUAUUGUUAUUACAUGCCUAAGAGAAACAAAACAGUAACAAAUAAAUAUCUAAUUGAUAUAAAUAUCUGGUAUAAAUAUUAGUGUAUAUUUCUGCAAUUGUAAUACUAUGAAAUCUCAAAAUUGGGCCAGAUAGAAGCUCUACUUUAUAAAGGCAACUCUCUUUAUUUUUGGCAACCCUUAUUUUCCCUACUUUGUUGAUUGUUAAGUUUUUUUAUUGUAAAAUAUGAUAAAUUGUAUUAUGUCUAUUUUAAUAACCAGAAGUUUUUAGUAAUAUUAUAGAAAAUCACUAUAUUAAGGUUUGAAAUACAUUUCAUUAUGCAAUAUAAUCUUCCUGAUUUUCAAUACAGCCGUUCCAGCAAUAUUCCAAUUUAUGUAUUCUAUAACUGAAGUGAGCAUCUGGAGGAUUGUAAAAAUAUGACUCUCAGAGGCCGGAGGGCGCUCAAUUUGGUGAAUAGGGUGGAGGUUACAACAAUUUGUACUGUAAUUCUCUGAUAUUGUCGAUGAUUUUGUGAGCUGUGUGAGAGAAUGCUUUGUUUUGAAAAAAAAAUUAGAUUUUUAUUCUGCAAAUCUGUUCUUUGUUCACGAAUUUUUGCAUCCAACUGGUCCAAAAAGUUACAAUUAAUAAUCUGUGUUUAUUGUGUUAUCGCUUUGGAGAUAAACUAGGAGCAACAUUUUUUUGGGUUCCAACUAACUGAUCCAAAUACUUUAUUAGUUCGUGUCCGUACCAGUCGAAAGUACUGGGUUUACAUCACUCCUACGCCUCUCUUAUGAUUUAAGAUCAUCAUUAAUUGAUUAACUUACGUCUCAUUUACAAUGUGAAAUGUGGCACCUACUUUCUUAGCUUUAUGAGACUCAAACCAUGGUCUAUACUGUCUAAUGACAUCCCUAAUUUGUCUCGAUUAUCUUCUAGGCUUCUCCAGAGCUAUCAAAGGACCAUGUUGUCUGCUAAUCUGAAUAGAGUGUCAGAUGUUUCAGGUCGACUGACCAAGAUUCUCAAAUCAUGAGAUUUAAUUCUCUAGACUCUAAAUCUGGCCUUUUAUCAAUCAAUUAGAAAAAUUUGACAAACAAGAUUGAAUGGCUUCUUCUUCUUCCAGUUCACAUCCUCUAUAUCCAUCACAUAACUCUGUUGGCUACCGAUAAAAAAUGUGUUAAAUAUCAUUCUACCAGGUUCUCAUUUACCCUCGAUUCUUUGUUUUAUUAUUAGUAGGAGAAGGCUACAUUUUCUCUUUUCCAUAAUAUAGUUGCAAUAUACAAGUUUAAUGGAGUUUAUUGUUAAAAAUUCAACUAAAAUGCAACAUUCAAGAAUGUGGAGGUAACAUUAGAUUCUGUAAGAUUUCAUGUUUCCGCAGCAUCCAGCAGUAAGAGGUCAUAUUAUUUGGGUGGGAUUGAAUGCGUUUCGCACUUCUUUACUAUGUUUUAUCGCUUCUGAGUAAACCCAAUUUUGUUUUGGGUUAUAUCAGAGAUAAGAGGUUCCUUGUUUGUGGCAGGAUCAUACCAUUAAUGUGAUACAAGUCAAACAGCUACUUUUGGUUAUUAAAAAAGAUCAUAGCCUAGUUUAAUUGUAAAUAUCCAUACCAGAUUAUAAAAAGCAGAAUUGUAUUUAUUAGGACUUAAUUUCUAUAUUUAACGUUUGUUUCAUCUAAAUGUCCCAGUAUAGUGUUUAAACUUAAAAAUUCAAUAUGUCCUUUUUACUAUUUUCAAAUUAUGUAAGUUAGAUAAUUAAGUUGUGAUAUUAGGCAAUCUACAAGAUUUGAUUUUAAUCGUUUUAAGUGACUUUGUAACUAUUUGUAGCUUGAAUUCAUUCCUGCGUGUAAGAGUUUGUUAUUUGAUGAUGUUUGGAGCUGUUAUACUAUUAUAUAUCUAAUUCAUUUUAUUCUGUUUUGUUUCAUAAGUACCUACAAUGGAUUUUCAACUGUUAUAUCAGAUUUAUGGAAAAAUAUUAAUCAAUUAAACGUUGGCAUAUGUUUAAUUGUAAUGUCAUAUUUCAGUGCCUAUCUUGUAAUAUAUUGUUUUUUAAUUUUUUAUUCUUACGAUAUGAUACUUUAUUUGCUAUACUUACUUUGUAAUGGUAUAUGAAUACUAUUACAAAUUAUACCAGCCUAUUCUGAAUGUCAUACUAGAGAUAACUUUAUAGAUAACAGAAUAGGAAUGUUUAUUUACUGUUAUUAUAUGUCACAGAGAAAUGACACGUGGCAGUUGACAGAUGAAAAUCAUAAUAGACAUCUUAGUAUGCUAAAAAUUGAAUUUUCUGUUCGUGGAGUUUAUUUUAGACAUGGAUAUUCAAGAUUUCGUUUUGGUAGUCAUCUGUGUCUAAUGUAAUGAUCCUGUUAAAUAUAUUUAUGAUCUCAUUCAUAUUCAUGCUGUUUCCUUUCUGAUAAAAAUAAUAUUUAUAUACUUUUAAUUAUUUUUUAAGUUGACAUUAGUGCAAUCAAAUAUAGACAAAUCUAUAAUAUAUCGUCGAUUCACAGUAACAUAGGACGUCUGAUAGUAGUAGUAACUUUAGGAUUUCGUUUAAUAUUUUAUCAAUGUCCUAUUGUUGUUCUGUGGCGUCUAUAUGUUUCGAAUUGAUUUAGAAUGUUUUAAAGACAUGUACAUUUUAAAUUAUUUGUAUGUUUUUUACAAAGAACUGUAUUUAGUACCAUUCCAGAUUUUAAAAUGUUUUUAGUAUUAUAAAAAAAUAAAUUAUAGGACUUAUCCGCGAGGAAAUCAACAAUAAUGACAUUAUCAGUCUGAAACAUCUUAUCUCUUUCAGAUUAUUCACUUCUCGAUUAAUAUUAAUAUCCAGAUUUAUUAUUUAUACUCAUUCAUUCCACCAACAGUGGAUGUUGUAUUUGACCACGGAAGUGUGUAAGAUAUUCUAGUCAUUAUGCUAAUAUUGCCCGACGUACUAAUUGAUUUUAUUACCUUGUCAAAUUGUUGAAUUUCUUAUAACUAUUAUCGACAUAUUUCACAUUGUGUUACUAGUCAAAAAAAUCAUUCGAUUUAUUUUUUUUACUGUGAAAUAUAUAGCCAAUUUUACACAUACUCAAUUAGAGUUAAGGUAAAAUCACUUAUUGUUUACAGCUAGCGAAUUAGUGUCUUUAUAUUUGUAUUUAAUAAAUUGAUACAU